AUGCCACUACAAUAUCCUUUGCUUUUCCCAUUUGGUGAGGAGGGUUGGUCUCCACGUUUGAAAUUACGUAAUGAGACGGGGAACAGUGUUAGGAACCUCACGGUAAACAUGUAUUAUAGUUAUCAAAUCCAUGCACGUCGAGGUAUGUAUUCUCUUAUACUCAAUUCCGGUCGGCUUUUCCAACAGUACCUUGUCGACGCUUAUACUUGUAUUGAAGUUGGUCGGUUAGAUUAUGUUUUAAACAAUCAGGACCAUUUACGAUCCGAAUUUUUGUCCGGUCUUUAUGAUGCCCUCUCUAAAGGGGAUAGAGAGAACCGUUUCGUGGGUAAACGUGUUUUCUUACCUGCAUCAUUUGUUGGUGGUCCCCGAUAUAUGUACAGUCAUUAUCAAGACGCCUUAUCGAUUUGUAGAGUGUAUGGGAAUCCACAAUACUUUAUUACAUUUACAUGCAAUGUCAAGUGGCCAAGACGACACAUGGAAAGUUAUGGUCAGCGUGAUGCUCACAAUAGACCUGACAUCAUAACUAGGGUUUUCGAGAUGAAAGUGGCUGCCUUUAUUAACUUUCUAAAAGAAGAUAAAACUUUUGGCGAAGUUCAAGCACAUUCUAUCCAAGAACCUGCUGAUAUUGACAGCUUUAUAAGUGCUGAACUUCCAGAUCCUGUUUCAGAAGCAUUGUUGCAUCGGACAGUGACAACGUGUAUGAUCCAUGAUCCGUGUGGUCCAUUAAAUAAUAAAGCUCCUUGUAUGAAGGAUGGGAAAUGUAGCAAGCGUUUUCCGAAACCGUUUCGUGACGCUACAACUUUUGAUGACGAAGGUUACGCACACUACAAAAGGGAUGCAGUGAGACGUCAUACAAUGCAAAAUGGUAUUGUUAUCGAUAACGGAUAUGUUGUCCCAUAUAACAAUCGGUUGUGUAGUCGGUUUGAUGCGCAUAUAAACGUCGAAUAUUGUGGCUGGAAUAUGAUGGUCAAAUAUCUAUUCAAAUAUAUUUCAAAAGGGGUUGAACGUGUUAGAUUUGUUGUUCAAAAGAGUGAGGCGGCUGACUCUGGUGAUCCAAAUUCACAGGUUCGAGUUUUGAACGAAGUCCAAAACUUUCUAGAUGCACGUUAUAUAUGUCCUCAUGAGGCCGCAUGGAGAAUCUUUAAUUUCGACAUCCAUCGACGGAAUCCCCCUGUCAUGAUAUUGCCUGUCCACUUACUAAAUAUGCAACAUGUUAUGUUCAAAGAGGCUGGUAGAAUAGAAGAUGUCCUUCGCAAUCCUGGUUUUGCAAGAACACUACUACUUGGAUGGUUCGACAGCAAUGCAAGAGAUCCACAAGGUCGAGAUCUUACGUAUAUAGACUACCCAAAUAGAUACGUGUGGGAUGCUAGAUCAAAGGAAUGGGGACAAAGAGUUUUAGAAUCUUCAAAAAGUAUAGGUAGGCUUGUGUUUGUCCAUCCAUCUUCGGGAGAGUUAUUCUAUCUUCGGAUGUUACUCUGUCAUCAAAAAGGAUGCACAUCUUAUGAAGAUGUUCGUACGGUGCAUGGUCAUCUUCAUCCAACUUUUCGAAGUGCAUGUAACGCACUAGGGUUAAUAGGUGAGGACAUGGAAUGGUUGACGGCCUUCAUUGAAGCUUCAUCAUGGGCUACUUCUUCACAUUUACGUUCCCUCUUCUGUCAUCUACUGCUUUUUUGUGAUGUAAGUAAUCCACAAUCACUUUGGGAUGUUGCAUGGCGGAAGAUGAUAGAUGAUUACUUGCUUAAACUAAAAACUGAGUUCCCAGAUAAACGAUUUCAUAUGAAUGAUGAUAUAGUGCAGCAACAACUGCUUUUUGAACUAGAAAAUGCACUCCGAUCUUCUACACCUUCUAGAUCGUUAGCUGACUUCCAUUUACCCGUGCCAAAUCUGGAUACUAUUGUAGUCCUGCAAAAUCGUCUCUUGCUAGAAGAGUCAAGUUAUGAUAAGGAGUCCUUGCAACACCAACACUCACAAAUGUUUCUACAAUUAAAUGAAGAUCAGAUGCGUAUUUAUAAGACCGUUGUCAUAUCCGAAGAAAACAAAAAACAGGUGUUGCUGUUUGUGUACGGACAUGGCGGGACUGGAAAGACAUUUUUAUGGACUACAUUACUUGCAUACUUCAGGUCUAUUGGGAAAAUCGUUCUUGCAGUGGCUGCUUCGGGAAUUGCAUCUCUACUUUUGCCUUCUGGAAGAACUGCUCACUCACGGUUUAACAUCCCAAUCAAUUUGGCUGAAAAAAAAUCAUGUGACAUCAAGAAAAGGACAUUACUUGGAGAUUUGCUCAAACGGACAUCCCUCAUUAUAUGGGACGAGGCACCGAUGAGCGACCGCCGAUGUUUUGAGUACCUCGAUCGAUCUCUUAGAGAUGUGUUGGAGUGUGAAAAACGACCUUUCGGUGGCAUUUCAGUUUUACUUGGUGGUGACUUCCGUCAAACACUUCCAGUUUCCCCAAAAAGUUCCCGAACUGAGAUUAUUGCAUUAACCCUUCCAAAUUCAUACCUGUGGUCAUAUUUUGAGGUCUGUACACUGCAUCACAACAUGCGCUUAACACAGACUACCACUGAUGUAAGUGAGGGUCUAUCCAUAGCUGCUUUCGCUGACUGGCUGCUUAGCAUUGGGAAUGGAACUUUAGGUGUGCCAGAUGCAGACAAUCCACAUACUACAACCUGGGUAGAAAUACCACCUUCGCUUUUAAUACCAAUAAAUAGUGAGUCUUUGAAAAACCUAAUCCUCUUUGUCUAUGGAAAUAGACUGCUGGACAAUCCCUCACCAUCCGAUCUAUCUGUAAGGGCUAUUGUUUGUCCCACAAAUGACACUGCUGACAAGUUAAACGCAAUAAUUCUGGAAAUGGUAAAGACCGAUGAAAGGGUUUAUAAAAGUACAGACGCUAUGCAACCUAAUGGCAAAUAUACAUCAGAGUUAGAGGGUUUAUAUCCCAUUGAAUAUCUAAAUCAGCUAACCUUUGCUGGAAUCCCACCUCACACUCUCAAGCUGAAAAUAAAAGCUCCUAUUAUGUUGCUGAGAAACAUUAACCAGAGGGAAGGAGGAGCAUUACAGGUGCGAAUUCUGCACAAAUGGAAACCACAGUACCGUUGGCAUGAAACAUGGUAUCUCGGUGUGGACAAAUACGGAGAUGCUAUACAGAUUCUGGGACAAAGAACAAAUCAGGGGUACAUAGAAUCAAUUUUCCAUAUCUCUAACUGCUACACAAUAUCAGAGUACACCUGUCCCUAUUUAGACGAGUAUCAGAAAGUUCUAGAAAACGAAAUCUAUAUGGAUGUUGGCCUGAUUUCCAUAAUUGUUCCUCUUCCUGACACCGUCACAAUCCCUGCAACCUGGUUCCGGUUUGCCUCGAAAACAGAUCUCCUCAACUUAGGUGAAAACCCGUCGUAUUAUCCAGAUUUCAUUGGCGUGCUAAAAAAAAUGAGAAAUUGCCCAAAGCGUAAUGGAGAAGAAUUCGUUCUUCUAAUUCUUGCAGACGAAAGUGGUGAUGAAAUAGCGAUCAGUUUAUGGAAAGAGUGUAUUGAUGUUCGUGAGAAAUUCAGACCUGAAGAGUUGGCAACCCCUCCUGCGACAACAGUUGUUGCCAUUACAAAUAUAAAGCCUUCAUCAAUACACAUAGCAGGUACUUUAAGGUUCGGAUCAUCACCUGCCACACACGUAUAUGUCAAUCCCCCCAUCCAGGAGACAACACUUCUAAUCCACAGCUUCACUGGCCCUACACCCCCAACUUCCACAGCAUCUGGACCACUAACAACACUACAUGAGCUAAACAGCAAGAUUCAUAGUGAACUGGUGGAUAAAACAUUCAAUGUAAAAGCUACACUGACAACAAUCACAUUCAAAGACUGCUGGUUCCAAGUACUAUGCACAACUUGCAAAGAUCCGAUUUUCAGGAAAAGCAAUUACUGGAGUUGCAGUGCUCACGGAAAAACAGCCUCACCCAUAUUCCUGUAUAAACUAAUUACAACUCUGACGGACCCAACGGGCUCUCUAACUACAAUCAUGACCGAUGGCGCGGCUCAAAAACUAAUUGGUGCUACACCAGAAAAACUAAUGACUGAUGAUCAUGAAAGCAAUAAAAAGCUCCCACCAACACUUAUCAAUGAUCACGAGGGCACAUCAAAGACUAUGUCAAUCCAAAUGCUAAAAGGCUCUACAACUGAAAACAUUCGUUUCAUAAUCGUUGACAUACAUGAAGUAACCAUGGUUAAUCAGUCAGUCGCACCGGUCACACCAACACAAGUUUCAACAACUACAACGACAGCAACACCAAUCACUCCAGCAGACCUUCAAGGUUCGACAAAUGUUGAAAUCAAUCCUAUACUUGGAAUGGCAUCUACAACAUCACAAACAUCACACACAGCAAGAACAUUGACAUACGACACCGCUGGUACUUACAUAUCCACUUUACUUGGAUAA